GAAAGGAAAAGAAAGUAUAAAAGAAAGUUGCUUUCCCUUGUUUGGUUUGAAAGAAAAUCAGAAGUAAAAUGAUUAUUAGAUUCCCUGAAGAAAAACCCUCACGCAAUUUUUCUGUUCACCUUUCUCUGCUCCACGCUAGCGAAAACGAGAGAGAUCGAGAGAAAAUCUCGCUCGUCGCCUCCUCCCAAAAUCCCGACUCAUCCGAUCCUCUAGUUCGUCUCCAUCCCCCCUCUCUACUUCAACAUCAAUCAAACCCUAGGUCGAGCCUGAUGCAAAGCCUAGUUCGAUGCCAACGCCCUAGUUCAGUGUCGAUGCAAACCCUAGUUCGACAUCCAUAAACCCUAGGCAACCCUAGUUCGACAUUGGUUUCCUUCGAUUUGCUCAAUAUUUGAUGCCAGAGCUCUUUGAUCAAAUCCUAGUUCGCCGGAGCUCUCUCUCUCUCUCUCUCUCUCUCUCUCUCUCUCUCUCUCUCUCUCUCUCUCUCUCUCUCUCUCUCUCUCUCUCUCCCCCUACGAUACAAUUACUCAAGCAAAGGUUUUUUUUUCUUCAGUUCAUCAUCAGAGAUUCUGGACGAAGUUCGCCUUGUAAAGUUGCUUGACCAAUGCAAUGGAUAAAAUCACAAGGUCAGGUUACUGAAGGGAAAUCCGGAGCUUGUUCCGUCGAUACUGACCCUCGCACUCAAUGAUGCUGUGACUUAUGACAAGGCUACGAAAUCUUGGGGGCCAAAUGGAUCAAUCCGAUUAAGUUCGGAGAUGAGCAGGCCUGAAAACAGUGGGCUUUCUUCUGCUAUGAAUCUGUUGACAACGAAAAAGGAAAUUGAUUCUUAUUCCAAAGGAGGACCUCUUGCAUUUGCAGACCUCAUCCAAUAUGGGGCACAAGCUGCCGUGAAGAAAACCUUCCUUGAUUCUGCCAUUCGCAAAUGUGGCGGGAAUGAGGAGAAGGGAAGAUUACUAUAUACAGCAUACGGUUCGACUGGCCAGUGGGGCUUAUUUGAUAGACAAUUUGGACGAUCUGACGCUCAGGAACCUGAUCCAGAGGGGCGUAUUCCGCAGUGGGACAAGGCUUCAGUCCAGGAAAUGAAGGAUAAGUUCUCUAGCAUUGGUUUCGGCCCUCGCCAGGUGGACAAGGGACAAGAAUGAGGGAGGAAGUAGAAUGCUAAUCAUGCCUCCUGUAUUGUUCCUCUCCAUUGGAAUUGCUUGAAGUUGUGACUGUUGGUUGUUGCAUCAAAGUAUCUGUUCCUAUAUUCAUGUGUAUUUUCAUGGAAAAGCCAAAUGAAUAAGCACUAGGAUUUCAUAGCUGUUCGGAAAAUACUAGUCUAACUAUGAUAUGAGACUUGUUAUGUGAAUGCAAAUUAAUUUCUGAUGUUUUGGCUGUCUACAAGCCACUUUCAUCAUUUCUGAUGAUUAGUCUUAAUAAAAGAACCAUGACACAACAAGUGGUAGUUUCAUUUUUCUUCUAAAAGAAUGUUAAGACUUUAUUUUAUAGGUUUUUGAUGUUUAUAUUGUACUUAUUUGAAUUUUUUGAAUUAAUUUCAGAGGAUGAAGGAUGUGAGAUUGAUGUUUCGAGGGGCUCACUAAAGUCAAAAAUCAAGGACUUCGGCAGAUUUAUCUGUCUCUCUCUCUCUCGCUCUGUGUGUUUAAAAUUUUCUAUAUGAAAUUGAUUGUAACAAACUUUGUUGGUGAAGAUUUUCUAGAUGAAAUUGAUUGUAAUAGACUUUGUUGGUUAAGAUUUUCUAUAUGAAAUUGAUUGUAAUAGAAUUUGUGACUAGAAUUGGAUUAUACUUUUUAUUCGGAAUAUCAUGACAUUUACUUUAGAUUA